UUCGUCAUGUGUAUCAAGAGACUAAUAAUACUUUUGAAUGGAUGAUCAUUUAUAUGGUAGAACAUAUCAGAGAGACGAUAUGGAUCAAAAGUGAAGCCUUUUCAUCAAUCUUUGAGGAUAUUUUUUUUUAGAUCUUUUUGAAUAUAUUCAUGUUAGAUCUGGAUGAACCAUCCGGCUUAUGAAAAAACGCGCGCGCGCACACAGAAGGGAGCAAAGAGAAUGUAAUUUUUUGAAUUACAGUUCGAAGUUACGCAAAAGCAUUUUCUUUUUUAUUGUGGGGCCACUGUCCGGUUCUCAUACUUGGGUUCCACGAAAUACGGGAAAAAGGGAACUCCAAAAACGGAAAAGGAUAAAGAGGUGGGUGAGGGAGCUGGAGGAUGAACACCAGGAGGAGGAGAAGGUUCACAGUGUCGUCCCCCCUUCCACUCCUCACCAUCGCUUCCUUCGUCCGUCCCCUUCCUCCUCCUCCUUCUCAAUUUGUUUAAACCCAGACCCUCCUCUUGUCAUCAGAUCUCGAUUGUUGCCCGGAAUCAGUGAUCUGUUCGACGAGCAGUGCCGAUUAACGCUUUGGUGGUGGUCUGGACGCAGGCGUUGCCGGCAGUGGAGGCCGCCAAGUGGGAUCCAGAACGACCGUUAGCCGUUGGAUCUGGAUCUCCGUACUGCUACAUUACUUGCGUGCUUGACCUUCUCUUUUUUUUUUAUUUGUUAAACCAACCUUCUCCACCGCUGUUAGCUGUCGUUAUGAUUGAUUCUACCGGUAUGCAUACAAGAACUGGUCCCUUAGAAGGAGCCAUGUAGCGGUUUUAUUUCUUCUUUUUUUUUUCUUUUUUGUUCUCUGGCCCUUUCCCUCCAAUCGAGGAUGCUAGGGUUGGGGUUCCAGAGGCCCCGGCGAUCGCCGUGGGAGCUUCUCCGGUCUGCCGCCGUUUCUUUCUUCCUCGCCCUUCUCUCCCACAUCGCCCUUGCCAUGGUUCCCCGCCUCUUCCCUUCUCUCUCCCUCCUCUCCAUGCUCCCCAUCUCAGCUUUCGUUCUGGUGGCGACUAUUUUCUUGGGCAAGUGCUGGAGGCGGCUUCUCGGGAUAUCAGCGUCCGCCCCGGCUUUUGUUCUUUUUAACAUACUAUUUUUAUGGGGAGUUUAUGUCGCUGUAAUCCGAGGAGCUAUUCCUUCUAUACUGGAUGCCAUUCUCAAUGCUGAAUGUGCUUUACUUGUGUUUGGUUUCUACAAAAUUUUUUCUAGUGAUCCUGGAAUGGUUGCACACGACUCUUCUUGCUCUAUGGAGUCAGAGCAAAAAGGCUUUUCUGAAUUUAAUCUUCAGUAUGAGAAGUCUCCCUUAUUUUCAAGGGUCAGGUAUUGCAACAUCUGUAAGACAAGCAUUAGGGGAUUCGACCACCAUUGUCCUGCUUUUGGGAAUUGCAUAGGUCAGAAGAACCGUCGUCUGUUCAUUGGUCUUUUAGCUGGAUUUGUUAUCACUGAGGCCUCCUAUACAAUGUGUUCAACUCAUUUCAUCACAAAAUCUCUAAAUACACAAAAAAUAAGAUUGGAGAGCAUCAUCUCUGGCAACUUGGUGAUCAGCACAACACUGUUUUCUAUCCUCCAGGUGCUAUGGCAGGUGGUCUUCCUAGUGUGGCAUAUUUACUGCAUCUGCUUAAAUAUCAGAACAGAAGAAUUAACUGGAGGAAAUAUCCUGAAUUCCAACUCAUCAUCCAGCCCCAACCAGGAAGUCCCACUCCAGAAACUCGAUUUACAAAUCCAUAUGAUAAGGGUUUUAUUGGCAACAUGAAAGACUUCUUUAAACCAAAGGAUUAGAUAAACUAAAUGAUAUGCAACGAAGAUUUAGAGAAAAGAGAUUUAUGUGAUAAAGAGUAGCAAAAUUAAAUGAUUGAUGCCAACAUCCUCCUUUUUUCUGGAAAAGGUAGUUUGAUUGUCCACAUAACUUCCACUUAACAAGCUUCAUGCUUGAAUGUUCAUUCUAUUUUUCAGUGGUUAUCGGCUGUAUUAAGUUUUGCCUACGGGAGAGAGAAUGCUCAGCUUUUAUUUUUCAAAAUAAUUUUAUCCAUUGAGCAUUUGAAGGUUGAAACUCUGAAAAAAGUUUCAAGAA